AUUUUGAAUAAGGGAAAAGUGUUCUUCCAUUUUGUAUUCAUUUUUGAAUUUACAAAAGAAAGAGAGUUUGGAGGAGUUGAUCAUGAGUUGAUUGUCGCCAGAAUUCAAAAUAUUUCACCAAAGGCGUAUGGUGCUGUUGUAUACGUCAGAGUAACCCAACCGAAUGGUGAU